AUGGCAUUUGAAAUUAAUAACAUCGAAUCAUUAUUCAAUCAAGAUACUAUGCUUGUUACCAUUAAUAUUUCCCAAGUAUUAGGCGAAUAUAAUAUGAUCAACAGUACUAUUGAAGACUUAGAAGAAGCCAUCGAUAACAUUUUCAAUUUUAUUUUAUCUCUAUUUUUUUUAUGGAAGCAAAAAAAUAAAUCUAGUUCUAUACCAGGACCUAAAGGUAAACCAAUUUUUGGUAAUUUAUUAGAUUUAAAAGGUGGUGAGCUUCAUUUAAAGUUUCAAGAAUGGUAUUAUAAAUAUGGACCAAUUUAUAAAAUUAAAAUGGGGUCAGUUGAAACUGUGGUGUUAACAGAGUAUCCAACUAUCAAAGAGGCUUUUGUUGAUAAUUCAUUAAUAUUUAUGCCAAGAUAUCUAAGAGAUAGUAGAAAAUUAACAUCAAAUUGGGAAAGUUUAAUAAAUUCAAAUGGUGAUAUUCAAAAGCAUUUAAAGACUAUGGUGAUAUCAGAAUUGACAAUGUUAAAACUCAAGAAAAUGGAAAUUAACCUCAAAGAUGAAGCAAAAAGAUUGUGUAGUUUAUUAGAUAAACAUGCAGAAUCGGGUGAGCCAAUCCAUAUUAAUAAUUACAUCAAGAUGUUUUCAAUGAAUAUUAUUCUCAGAUUUUUAUUUGGUGUUACUUUUCCAUACAACCAUUUAGAAGAUAGUAUUGGUUUAAUUGGUGUUGUCAACUCUUAUUUUGAAGCUGCUGCUUUACCAAUAGUUUCAGAUUUCAUACCAAUGUUUGCAGUAGUUUCAAAGCAAAGAUACAAGUUCAAAGCUAUAUGGGAUCUUUUGUAUGAACAUAUUAAAGAGCAAGUUGAAAUUUAUAAAAAGAGAAAGUUAAUCAAUGGAACAACCCCAACAGAUUCAAAUACUGAUGAAAAUACAACUAUUUUAGACAAUUUAUUGGCAGACUAUGAAAAAGGUGUUAUUAACGAAAGGAGCUUUAUUGGUUCGAUGAUUGAUAUCCUAAGUGCUGGUAUAGACACAAGUUCAAAUACCAUUGUUUUCACAAUCAUUGAAAUGACUAAUAACCAAGAUUUGCAAGAGAAACUUCACGAGUCAAUUAAAGAAUCAAUGUCUGAUAUUGAUUUAGCAAGUAAUGAGGGUGUCUCAUACAGUGAAUAUAAAUCAUCAAUACCAUAUCUUACAAAUGUUAUUAAAGAGACAUUUAGAAAGCAUCCAACAGGUUUAUUAGGUUUACCACAUAUCACAUCUCAAGAUUGUGAAAUAGGUGGUCAUACAAUUAAAAAAGGUACUCAGGUGAUACAAAACAUUUAUGCAACCCACAGAAAUAAAAAUGUUUGGGAGGAACCAGAUAGAUUUAUUCCAUCAAGAUUUGAAAAAGAAUUCUCAACAGAUAAAAACCUUAUUCAUUUUGCACUCGGUCGUAGAUCAUGUCCAGGUAACACAUUAGCAGAUUCAGAAAUAUUCACAUGUUUAGCAACAUUAUUUAAAAAAUAUAAAUUUACCAACACCUCAACAACACCAUUAAAUGAGGUCGGUAAAUUUGGUAUUGCAUACAUUGCUCCACCCACAGUUGUAAAAGUUGAAAAAAGAUUUUAA